AUGCGGAAGAGGAUACUUCGCUCGGGUUAUUGGGUUGCAACACAUGAGGAUCUUCUUGAGGAGGAGGCAAUACAACCCCCACCUGGAUCGACUGAAGUAAAACAAGCGAUUUGGAAACUCCAUGUUGCCCCGAAAAUUAAACACUUCUUGUGGAGAUGUGUAACAGGAGCACUAGCAACAAAUACACGACUGCGUUCAAGAAACAUUGAUGCGGACCCAAUAUGUCAACGGUGCUGUAUUGAAGAAGAAACGAUCCAUCACAUAAUGUUUAACUGUCCAUAUACCCAGUCGGUAUGGCGCAGUGCAAACAUUAUUAUUGGCAACCAAUGGGGACCACCAAGCUCCUUUGAAGACAAUCUAAAUCGUUUGAUCCAGCUGAGCAAAACACAAACAACAAACUCUCUUGACCGGUUUCUUCCCUUUUGGAUUAUGUGGCGACUUUGGAAAUCGAGAAACGUGUUCUUAUUUCAACAGAAGUGUCAAUCGCCGGACUAUGAAGCAAGGAAAGGAAUUCAAGAUGCAACAGAAUGGCUCAAUGCCAAUGAGACAACGGAAAACACAAAUGUGCAUGUGGCGACAAAUCCUAUACAAACCUCAAGACGAGAUAGCAGCCAGUGGAAUCCUCCUCCUGAAGGAUGGGUUAAAUGUAACUUUGAUAGUGGCUAUACGCAAGGGAGCCCUUAUACACGUUCUGGGUGGACAAUACGGGAGUGUAAUGGCCAUAUAGUUCUCUGUGGGAAUGCAAAACUUCAGUCAUCGACCUGUUCAUUACAUGCGGAGGCCCUCGGGUUUCUCCAUGCACUCCAAGUAAUUUGGGCUCAUGGACUGCGUUAUGUUUGGUUCGAAAGCGACAGUAAGAGUCUUGUUACAUUGAUCAACAACGGUGAAGAUCAUAGUCUGCUCGGCACCCUCAUCUACGACAUACGUCAUUGGAUGCUUAAGUUGCCGUAUUGUUCGCUGGAAUUUGUCAAUCGUGAAAGGAAUUCUGCAGCUGAUGCUUUAGCAUCUCAUGUCCAUGCAAGAGACCCUCUGUUUCAGUCUUAUACUACACCACCAUCUUGGUUGGUUAACACUUUGUAUUACCCUUAUACCAUCUAA